AUGCCUAAAAAGUUGGUACGCCAUGAAGAUGAAGACUUCGAAGCACCCGAGAACGAUGAUUUUGACCAGCAGGUGGGUGAUUAUGAAGAGGAUGAAGGAAACAAUGGAAGUGAAGACAAUGAAUUGAUUUACCAAAGCGAUGAAGAGAAAACUGUCUCUGAAGAGGAAGUUAAGGAAGAUGAACUUUCGACCGGAGAGAACCAGAUGGAUGAUGAGAGUGAACAGGAAAUUAAGGAAAUGAGUAGCGGGAAGAAGGCUUUGGAGGCGGACAGUGAAAAUGAGGAAAAGGCGAGUCCAGCGAAUGUGGCUGCAAACAGACAGCCACCUAAGCCAUUUUGGAAGUACAAUGAAUCGAGCAGUGAUGAUGAUGAUGCUCCCGAGGAGGUAGGAAAUACUUCAAAGAAGCAAGAGACUUUGGAAUUAUACGAGAGACAGAAGGAGGCAGCACUGGCGACCAAGCGUCGAAAGAGAAAGCAGCGAACUGCCAAAGUGGAAGAGACUUUGGAUGAAGAGACGCUGAAAAUGCUGGCUAUGAAUUCAGAGGUGUUGUCUGCAGUAACGACACCGGCGGAUGAGAAGCCGAGGAGCAAAGUGAUUCACCUGUCCACGGAGGAUCUCAAUCCCACGCAGAAGGUGGAGAAGAAAGUAGAUGGGUUCAAGCUGGUGUCGCUUCCUAAGAAUUCCAAUGCAAGUUUGGGAAAGCCGAUCAAUUCGGAUAUUCUGGAAUUCCAGAAACGCCACUUUUAUGGCAAGAAUACAAACCGUGUUGAUGCCGGAGAGUAUUUGAGCAAGAUGGCUGCUCGUCGACGUCGCUAA